GAAGAGGAGGUUUGGCGGGUGAGAGCCUCCACACAUAGUAUCUUAAUCCAUCCACCUUGUGUCAGGGUGUUUAUAGCCAUCACAGCGGGCGGGAGUAGCAAGUUAAACAAGAACAUUGGAUGAAUUACCAUCCUUCUUCCGUAAUUUGAUUAUGAUAACGUGAGUGGUGCCGUAUAACGCCUGUUCUCUGUUGUGAUAUUACUAGAGCAACUCGUAAGUUUCCAUAAAAGAGAAUAUAGCUUGAUCAUCACCAACAGUGAAGAACACCAUGGAGUCAUUAACAGCAAAGUUUGAAGACCUCGUCAGAUGCAUGCAGGUCCUGGCUGAUCCGGCAGAGGAAAAAUUUCUAGAGUUUGUGGAGAGUGAAGAAGAGUAUCACAAAAGAAAUUAUAAUUUAGAGGCUGAAGUGAGACGUUUACAAGACCAAAGCAUGGGACAACAGAAGGAGAUAAAAACCCUGGAGAUGAAGCUGAAGAAUGCCCGACACUUGUUGGACUUGGAGAAGGCUCGACGCAUCUCAGUGGAAAAUGAAAAGAAUGAUUUGGCAGGGCAGAUUAGUUUGGUACUGGAUCUAUUUGGGCGAGGCCAGGUCAAUGAAACCAGGGAAAAGUUGCAGCAGCUACAAAAUUCCUUUACUUUCAUUGGAGGGGCAGAGCAGCGGCGCAGCAUGAGAGAUCACUCCCCUGGCCCCUUGUCCACCAUCACAGAAGAUAAUGACUCUAUAGAUACUAUCCUGGAUGUAUCACAGAUGGACAUCACUGAGGAAGAUGAGCUGGAGCAGUCACGUCUCAGGUCAGGCAAGAUUGUUAAGCGAAAAUCUUCACCAGAACGUCUUGAAAAGUCUGGUCAAAAGAGACGGUCAAGUAAAAAAAGUGAAGGUGAAAGGCACUGUCAUGAGGUGAAGACACAGGUGACAUAUUACACUUCAGGCGAUGAGUUGAAAAAGGUUCAAACUGAGGUUAAACUUCAGCCAUCUACUCCUUUGUGCUCUACAGAUGAAUCCUCAAUGGAAGGGAGUCCAGCUAAAAGACCUCCAAGAGGUCUUGCACCUCAGCCUCCAAUCACUCCAAGGACCAACAAUGCCCAUUCUAUCUUCUCCCCUCAGUUACUCUCCAACCCCAUUACACCACAGCAACAGUGCCUAACGCCAUAUACCACUCCCACACACACGCCUCAUACUCCCAUAAUGCGCAACUAUUCUUCUGCAAGCAAGAUGAACACAAGAGUACACGCCUUUUAUUCGAAAACCAUCUACAAAAGUGAACAAUGUCAGCCAUGUGGUAAACGAGUCAAGUUUGGUAAGGUUGCAUUGAAGUGCCGUGAUUGUAGAGCGACCUGCCAUCCUGAGUGCCGUGAGUCUGUUCCCCUUCCCUGUAUUCCCACGGCAAAUACCCCAACUGCUAAGGGUCAGCUGAGCUUGAUUGCAGACUUUACCCCUCGUGUUCCUCCUAUGGUUCCUGCUUUAGUUGUUCAUUGUACCAAUGAAGUGGAGAACCGUGGGCUGAGCGAAAUUGGGGUUUACCGAGUACCUGGUUCUGAAAAGGAUGUCAAGGAACUGAAGGAACGAUUCUUGAGAGGGAAAGGCUUACCUAAUUUGUCGCAAGUUGAUGUCCAUGUCAUCUGUGGGACUCUGAAGGACUUCAUGAGAUCUUUGAAGGAGCCCCUUGUUACACAUCUUCUAUGGAAGGACUUCACUUCUGCUGCUGAAAAAUCUGAGUCCCAGGACUCAGCAGCUGCUCUUUAUCAAGCUAUAUCGGAGUUACCACAGCCUAAUCGUGAUACAAUGGCUUGGAUUAUUACACAUCUACAAAGAGUUGCUGAGUGCCCUGACUGCAAAAUGCCAGUCUCCAAUUUAGCUAAAGUAUUUGGGCCAACUCUUGUUGGAUAUUCUGUUGCUGAGCCAGAUCCGUCCACCAUGGUAUUGGAGACACGUCAGCAGCAGUUGGUCAUGGAGAAGCUGUUGGAAAUUUCAUCAGACUACUGGAGCACUUUCAUCAAUGUGACCGAUGAGAAUAUAUAUACAGGAAUGCAGCAGCCAACCCCUGAAACUGGUGGUAGUCUCCUGGGUGGUUUGCCCUCUGGUAACAAACGUCGACGCUCCUUGUUGUCACGGACUCCUCUGCAGACCAGGUGAGGGACACUCCAAAGACCCGCUACCACUUCCGGAAGUAAGAUUCCUGCUGUAUUGGAGAGUGGCUGGAAUGAAGAGUACAGACAAACUCCUUAUUAUUUACUCUUAUCCAAUUUCUUUUAAUACUGUUACAUUCCUUUAUACUAUACUAGUAAAUGCUAUGCUCUCCUGCUUACUAUAUGUUCAUUCUUCUCUCAUCUGCAUCCUCUACCCCAUCUUUUCAUUAUAUUGUAAGUCUUCCCUUCCCUCUAUCCCUUAACUAUGCUACCGUACACUUAAUCAAUCUCAUUUUCCACUAUAUCCAAAUUUCCAUUUCACAAGAAAACUUGGGAGCAGUAUAUCUGUCAAUAUUGGUUCACCAUGGAUUUUUUUAUUAAAUGUAUUGUUCCUUUCCUUGAAUUUGUCAGAAAUUUGGGUGUGUAUUUGAACUAAAUUUUGAGUUUCAGAAAACUUAUGAAUUUGUUGGUAUUAAAUUUCAGUUACAACUGUUAAGAGAUUUUUAUCAGACAAAAUCUUGUGAUUUUUGUACUUUUAUUGGAUAUUUGCAUUGUUGAUUACUGUAGUUUUUGUGAAAAGACUUGACAAAUUGGCUAUUAUAGGUACUCUUAUCAGUCUCUUGCAGAGUAACUAGAAUCAUUUAUUCAUAUCCAUCAAGAAUUCCCACAUCUCCAUUUCAAACUGAAUUGCUGUAACUUGGUCCCCUGUUAAAGCUAGAAAAGUCUCAUGAGCAAAACUAUUUGGUCAGGCAUUUAUUACUGUUUACUAGGUUGAAUAUAGUCAGCACAGUAACUAUAAUCCCCAUUAUCUUGUCAGAUAUAGAGCUAUAUGUGUAAGAUAUUCUGUGGCCUAAUCUUUACCAACGCAAUGUUUCAAUUGUACUAUUGCCUCAUCUGAAGCAGCUAGAAGUAAAUGCAUACUUGAAAAGCAACUAAAAGCUUUAAUUUUUUGAAGGUAUAUAAUCCUAUUGAUCAUGCAGUAAAUAAAUUUUGUUUUUCAAAAUAACUUACUGUUGUAGUUGUUAUAGGAAAUGGUGCUUUGAGAUAUACAGUACAGGUUGACAAAUCCUUGGGGCCAGAGGCAUUUCGGAAUUUUUCGGUUUUCA